AUGAGGCCUUACAAAUAUUCGUAUCAUCAGAAGAAAGAAAUUGUGAGACAAGUGCAAGAGUUAAUUAAAGUGGGUCAUAUCAGGCACAACCAGAGUGCUUAUUCGAGCCUAGUCAUUUUGGUGAAGAAAAAAAAUAACAAAUGGCGCAUGUGUGUUGAUUAUAGAGAUUUGAACAAGGCCACUAUUCCAGAUAAAUUUCCAAUCCCAGUUAUUGAGGAGUUAUUUUGGGAAGAGCAUAUGCAGUUUCUUGAGAAGGUGUUGGAAGUGUUGGGAGAUCACCAAUUAUUUGCGAACAAGGAAAAAUGUUUGUUUGGCCAUGAGAAGGUGGAGUAUCUGAGGCAUAUUAUUUCCAUACAUGGAGUUGAGAUGGACCCAACGAAGGUUAGUAGUGUGUUAGAGUGGACAAUUCCCAAGAACGUGAAGGGAGUUCGUGGAUUUUUGGGUCUCACAGGCUAUUAUCGUAAGUUCAUAAAAGAUUAUGGUAAGAUAGCUAAACCACUAACAAAGCUUACUAGAAAGGAUGGAUUCAGGUGA